AUGGUAUUCAUAUUUGAAAAGAACACUGAAAAGGCAAGAAAAGUUGUCGCAAUUUCGAUACCGGUGCUAAUUGGGGCAUUAUUCAAUUAUUUUCUUAAUAAAAAGAAAGUCCAAGCCGAGACAGAAGAAAUUAAAUUAAAAAACAAAAUUACUAAGGAAAUAACUUACGACCAACUACAAAAGGAAAAUAAACAAAAGGAUAUCAAAAGCAAGCUGGAAAUAUUUCAAAGGUUAGUAAAAUUAGAGGAGGAAAUAAAAAACAAAGAAAACAAGACCGCUGGCGACCAAAAAAAAUUAGAAUCUUUGGAAAUGAUAAAAAAAGAGUUUAAAGAGACUUUUGCGGUUGAAGCAAGAGAGGAGUCAAGAUUAAUUGAGAAAGAAAAAAACUUAGAAAUCAAACAGGAAACUGACAAGGCAACCAAAAGGAUAAAGUCUAAUAAAGUUAGUUCAAAGAAAAAUACCAAAUCAAUUAAAUAA